AUGAAUGCAAUGAUCAGCAAAUUCGAAAUCACACUCGUCUUUGGGUGCUAUGAUCAUUCCCCUCUCCAGCGUUCGUCUUUUCUUAGAUAUUUCUCCUUCAUGAAGACACUAGAAGAACUGCCAGUAUACUUAGCCACCAUCGGAUCCCUCAUUCCUAUCAUGGUCUUUCUCUGA